UGGGUAUAAAUACUAGUUUCUUCCCUGUUUGGUUAGCCUAAUCGUGGGUGUGGAAAAAAAAAAUUGUGAAAUUUUAGCGUAAGGUUCACUACCGGAGUGAUACUUUCGUUACAGAAUGAUGUUAAUAGUCAGGUAAUCCCUUUGUCAGAUCCUGUAAUUGAUGGGUAUGUCUAAUAUGUAUGCUGAGUAUAGAGCUGGGAGGAGGACCACUCCACCUGCAACCCCACCUUUUGGAAGAAGACGAGGAUCAUCAGAUACUGAUCCUCGUGUUAGACUUAGCUUUAAUCCAACAGGAUUUCUGCAAAGCUUUGGAAACCCUUUCCGUCGUAGAUCAAAACCAAAGCAUGACUCACGACGUAGUCAUCCUAUUAUCACUGGAACCAUGACAAAGCGGGAAUUUAUAGAACUUGCCAGUUUUGGUGUAGUCAGUGAGUUUGAUCCUUCAGAAAGAGGAGUGGGGCACAAUUUUCAAGCAGCUCAAUUAAAGAACCCAACCUGGUGUGACUUGUGUGGAGACUUUAUCUGGGGAGUUUAUAAAUCCAAGCAGUGUUUGCGAUGUAGGAAUUGUCACUACACAUGUCAUACAGUUUGUCGUGACUUGGUCACGCUAGAUUGCAAGACAGAUGUAGACACAACAGAAUUAACAGAAGUGGUAAUGGAAGAAAAGAAACUUUCCACACCAAGCAGGACUGAGGGGCGACAUUCCCCAUUAUUUUCUGAAAAUCUGGAAGGAGAAGAAUUGUACUGGAGGAUUGAGAGAUACAAUGAUCAAUGCCAAGGACUUGGCAUGACGCUGCAAGAAGAUGGAGUAUCCUUCAGUGGUUUCAUACGUGUACAUCUUAACCUCUCUCGACCAAUAAAUGUAGUUUCUGGAAGCAGACCUCCGUCCAUUUAUGAUGUUCUUAAGGAGGGAGAGGAGAGUGAAAGGAAAACUCUGACAUCUUUUUACUUGCCAAGGGAUACUGUAAAAGCCUUACAUGUUACAAGUGAGUUUACAGCAAGAGAAGUGAUCAGUACACUACUGAAAAAAUUUAAAGUUGCAGACAAUCCACACAAAUAUGCUCUCUAUGAGAGAUAUUUUGACAAAGAAGAUGGUCGUGUGCGACUUCGGCGAAUCCAUGAUGGGGGGAAACCUCUGGUUCUGACAUUGCAGUGGUCAACAGAUGAGAAACAACUUGUUCUUCAAGAGAAUGAAACGGGGGAUAUUGUGUGGGAUGAUUUUACUCUCCCGGAACUGAAUAACUUCUUGAAAAUUCUGGAUCGAGAAGAGGAGGAAUAUAUCAAACAAGUUCAAACUAAGUAUAAAAUUCUUCAUCAUAAGAUCCAGGAAGCCAUAGAACAACAUUUAAUUGAACAAAACUCUAUUAAGAAAUCUGAUUCCCAGUCAGCUACUUGAAUUGUAUGCCAUAUUAGAUAGGAAACACUUGCAAUGUUACUUCAUCAUUGUGUCCUUGUAUUUGCUCUCUUUAAAUAUAUAAUGUUCUUUGAAGAGAAAGAAGUGAGAAUUUUAACUUGAGAUACAAGCUUGGCCUGUGAUAGUAGGAGCAUUGUGACACUAAGAUGGAGAUACUGAGAGGUUUAUAGUGCAAGGCAGAGGUUAGUGUACCAUUAUAUUGUGAAUUUUUACUGAAUUAGAAGUUUUUGUAAUGUGUGAUUGUUACAGAUAUAUUUCUUGUGUUUUAAAGUUUUUCUUACAAAAUCCAAAAUUUAUAAAACAGAUUUUAUUAUUCAUUUUAAGAAAGCUCACAAAAACUUUAUCUGCAUCAAGUUUAGGUUUUAUUUUAAGUGAAUAAUGAAGCAUCUUCAUGAGGCAGUUAUACACUUGAAAUGGGCAUCUGAAUAAAAAUUACAGUACAUGCUGUAAUUUUAUUUAUUGUUAUUAUUGCUGUUAGACGUAAUUUUAGAUUUAAAUCUUCAAUAGACUUGUGUAGUAAACCUUAAAAAUACAUAUACAGAAUUUCCAUGUAUUGAACCUGUGAUUCAGGCUUUGAAGUAUCAUAAACAAAGUGGGAAACCUAAGAGGGAGCUUAAUGUUAUAUGUACAAAAGAUAAAGGAGUAUUUAAUGCACUGUAGAGGAAGGUAUUACACUUUAACAUGUGCAUGUAAUAUUUCUUGGAAGAUGUUGGGUUUUCUUAUGUUACAAAAGGAGAGUGUACAUCAUGAAAAUACAAAAGCAGAAUUUUUUUGCUUAGUCUCCAGUGGACAUUAAAUAAUAUUAAUUCAUGUGUAACUUUGAUCAUUAGAUAUUAGACGUUAAGGAAUUAAAUGUAAAAUAUUAAGUUCUGAAUGAAUGAAACAUCUUAAUGAAGAAAUAUUGUUUAAGUUUAAAAUAUAAAAAUUGUUAUUCAUAAAUUGUUCUAAUUUCAUAUUUCUUAAAACUUUAAAGUUACAACAGCAACAAAAUAAGAAAGCUUAUAUGUACUUAUUUUUACCUCUUUGUUCAUGACAAAAUUGCCCAGAGAUCUAAAUCACAAAAACCUGUAAUAGCAAUGCAUUUAUUAUAUAACUAAUUACAAUUCUUGUGUUUUUGUGUUCGUAGUGCAUAUUCGAGUUUUAAUACCAUGUUAUUGAAAAUAAGUGACCACUAACUCCAGGAAACUAUGUAGAUUAAUUAUUGUCUAACAUUUCAGCUUAAACUUUUAUCAAGGAUGUUUUAACAUAAGUAUAGUCAAUAACAAUUUAGUUUAUUAAGUAAAAAAUCAUUUACAAAAACAAAAAAAAAGCUUCACCAGUAUGUAGAUCCAAAUUGGAAAAGGAUGUCAUUGUUUUCCCAACAAUGUCUUUAAUUCUUGCCUAAUGGUACUACACUAAGAAUAUUCUAUUACAAACCACUGACACUGUUGAAAGAGAACAAUUUUUCAGUUAUUUAAAUAAUGAAAUUGUAACAAAACUGUGACAUAAAGUUAUACAACAAAAAAAUCGCUAAUUAAAAAGAUAUGCUACUCACCAACACACUCUAAAUUUAUGUAAGUGGUCAUCCAGUAUUUUUGUUAAGCAGAAGUUGGUAGUUUUGGUUUAGAAGAGCUUUAUAUUUCCAUUCUAAGCAAAUUUUAGCAAAUGACAGUUUUAAGGGGUGAUUAGGAUAGGGAAAGCCUGUUAGUUUUACACAUGUUCUGCUACAGCAUUGAUCACUGUUUAGUUUCUGUACAUAUAUCGCAUGUAUUCUAGGUGUCUAUCAUGAAUAGCUUGUCCUAUUUCACCAAACGUGGGUUUUCUCGGACAUGGCUUCAUAAACAACUCCUUUGUCUGUACAUUGUUUGGAGACUCCUGAGUUUUUUUCAUGUAUUGUUGUUUUUUUUUUCGAUAUUUGUUUUGUACAAAUAGAAACCAUUAACAUGGACUGUAAGUUAUUCCUUCUUUUUAUGUAAGGCAUAGUGGUAGUUUUGAUUUGUUAACUGUUCUAUAGAUUUUAUUUGUUAUGGUAUCACUUAUGUUUAUGUUUGGUAUAUUUCAAAUAGCUUUCCUUACUUAGUUUGGUUUUUAUUAAUGUUUUUGUUUAAAAUCUAAUGAAAUAUGAUGGAUAUCCAUUAUCAUAAAGGGUAACUCCAUAGUUCAGUUUUGCAUCUAUCAUUGCCAAUUGCAAAUGUGUCAGUUCUGUGUAGUUCACUGAGAAUGUCCUCUUACUUCAUAACAAGGGUGAUGGGUUUUGUUCUACGUUUUUUUUUUAUUAGACACUAUUGAACAGGAUAUUAUUUUCUAUGGUGAGGAGUGUGUCUAAGAAAGACUGUUUUUUAAAUUAUAAUAAAUAAUUAAAAACAACGUUUUAUAUUUACACAAUAAAACCUUUAUUGAAGCCGUAGAGCUUCCACUUUAAAAUCUCUCUCUACAAGUACAUGUUUCGACGUGAUCUACGUCAUUCUCAGGAGUAACUUACAAGACUAUUUUAUACUCGGUUACUCCUGAGAACGACGUAGAUCACAUCGAAACAUGUACUUGUAGAGAGAUAGUUUAAAGUGGAAGCCAUACAGCUUCAAUAAAGGUUUUAUUGUAUAAAUAUAAAAUGUUGUUUUCAAUUAUUUAUUAUAAUUUAAAAAAUUUUAAACACAAGUGCCAGUAGUGCAUAUUUAUAAAAGACUGUUUGUUUCAUAGAGUUUUGAAGUGUCAAGUUAAUGCAUACAUCUUGAGUGUUUAAAUAGUUGUAGACUUUUAGGAGGCUGUUGUUCUACACUCCAAAAAUGCCAUCAAUGUAAUUAUAAUAUAUGCCAACUUUUUGCAUCCUAAGAUGUUCUUGAUAAAGAGUAACAUCCUGGAGUUAGUGGUAAUUUAUUUUCAAUAACUAAAAUUAUUUUAAGGCUAUAAAUUUAACAGACAUUUUAGGUUUAAUAAUUUAAUAAAGAUUACAUGAAUCAAGUCAGUGGUUCCAAGUUUGUAUCAAUUACAGAAGCUUCAAAAGAAAUGGAUUGCAAAAUUAUGUACUGAUUAGUAUGUUUGCCCAUUCUUUGUACUGUUGUAAUUUUGAAGAUGAGCAUGAAUUUUUCAAUGUCAUGUAGUACCCAUUUAUUUCUUGAUAGAUUUAGUUAGAUCUAUUGCCUAGAAGUUUUCAUUAACUAAUUAACAUAAAAGAAACUUGAAAAAAGAAAGUUGGUCAUGCUGAAUCAUCUUGAUGGUCAUGAUGUAUCUAGUUAGCAUUUGUGUAAAGUGCAUUAGAACUGUAUACGUCAUGUAUUUAAUAUGUUAAGUGAAGUAGAACUGUACACCAUAUGUGAUGAUAUAUCAUUCAUGCUAAGCAGGUUAGAAAUGUGUAUGCCAUGUGUGUAUAAUUACCAUUUAAGUAGUUUGUUUCUUUCCUGUUAUUAUAAUUCUCAAUAGUUUUGCUGUUUGUGUGUAUGUGUAUAUAUACUGCUUCUUAAAAGUAGUACUAAAGUGCUUAUUUUAUUAUAAUUUUAAGGUUUGGCCUAAAAUAACUCAGCUAGAAUCUCUUGAAUGUUAUUUUACACGUAAGUAACUAAAAUUAAACAUCACUGAUACAUUGACACUUUAAAUUCUACAGACGUUUUGUGUCAUGUCUUUGUGUAAGUAGAAGAAUUUGUAAAAUGUGAAAAUCAAUAGAUGAUAUUCUACAUUAGUUACAUAAGAACCUUUACUGUUUUGCCAAGGAUAAUUAUAGAAUUAAAAGAAAUGUAGUACAUGGUAUCUUACUUAAGUUAAUAGUUAGAUAUUUUGUAUUGGAGGAAGACAGAUCAAAUGUUUUAACAUAGAAAAUGUGUCAUUAAUGUGUAAUAUGAAUGCAAAAAAUAGUCUGACCUAUUUCUUUGAAGUUAUCAGUGGUCUGACUUCUAAGUAUUGUCAGUUGUUUUGUAGAAAAGGGAUGGGAAUUAAACCUUGUAAAGUUCUUAAUACAGUGAAGAAGUUUUGAAUUUUCAUUAUUACUGAGUUUGGAGAUUAUACAUGAAAAUAGUUAUUGUAUAGCGUAUUAUUCAAAAUAGAAAUCCUCCUCUGAGAGCACUGAAUCCAAAUAACCUCAGUCCUACUAUAAGAGACAGAACUAUCAUUCUUGUUGCAUCUAAAAUGAUUAUUUGAAGAAAUGAACUACAAUUUAUUGAUCUUAGAUAUUAAAAAAUAUAUCUAUAUUUCCUUCAGUGUUUUUUCUUCCUAUUUAAAAUGUUUAUCAAUGCAAAAGAAAAAAAAACUGGUGGGUUUCAAGUAUGCUAAUGUGUGUGUUGAGUGUUUGGUGAGUUUUCAUAAUAUCUUAUACUGGGUGUGUCUCAAAAGGUUGCAGCUACAAUUAUGAUUAAGAAACCAAAGUGAAAAUUUUUGAAACUUACAUCCACUGUGGGACGUUUAAGUUUACCAGUGGUAGCUAAGAACUGUGGAAUGAUAAAAAUGCAUGUACUAAUAAUAUAGUAUUUGUGUUGGCUUGCUGAAGAAGUUAAAAUGUAUAUAGGUAUGUAUGUAUAUUUGCAAAUGCUAAUGUUUAUUCAAACUGAUUUGAACUUCUCUUUUUGGUAGUUUAAAGAUUAAAGUAUUCUCAGAAUUUUUGUAAAGGAAAGCUAUAGCUUUGGUUGUGAUAUGUUUGAAAUUGUACUUUUUUGUUAGCUAGUGUUUAAACUAUGGAAUCAAACUUUACAGGUUUAAAUAUACCUGUUUGUUUCUUAUUGUUUAAUGAAUAAAAAAGGUUGGUAAAAAAUACCUUAAUCUUGCUGUAUGCUUUUAAGUAGGAGAGAUAUUCCACCCAUUGUUUUUGGCCUUCAAUGAAUUCUUUUCUGUAAUAGACCUUGAGGCCUUUUGUGUCAGGGACCAGAAGGUGAUUUCCUUAACUAAAGUUUUGUUACUCUAGCAAAGUGCCUAACCUUGCACCUUAUAUUGUAAAAGAGUAUGUGAAUCAUUGGAUAAUUUUCUCAUAAUGUACACUGUUUGGAGAAAAAGUUUAUUGUGUAAUAUUUGAACUGUCAGUGUUAGUAAAUGGGACAUUUAUGCUAGAAGCUGUUUUAAGCCAUUACAGUAUAAAUGUAAACAUUUGAAAUUGGAAGCAUUAACUAAAUGCAAAUUCUUUGUUUGGAAACAACAUGAACAUAGGGAUGGAUUUGUGUGUUCAGAGUUUUCAAGUUUUAGUAGUAAUGGUGUAAUGAAAAUGAAUUCCUAACUUGCACCCAGAUUUUAGAAAUAUUGUUGUAAAGAGUACACGGGAUAUAUCAAAAAAUAUGAAAAUUAAUUCCUCCUACAACUAAGUUUUAUUUGUGGUGUAGAAACAUUGUAAAUUGUUUUUCAGUGUAUAUGUCAUAGAUUUUGAGUUUGUAAGGUUGUGGGGUUAGAUUUCUUUCCAUGACAUUUCCCCACUUAAACUGUGCUUUCAGGACAUAAUAUCUUAGUGUUGUUAAAACACUGUUGAAAGAAACUUUUUGACACAUCUUUCAUUACCAUCAGUUGUUCAAAAAACAAGUCACAUAAAAGAUUAAAUGUAAAUUAUGUGAUAGAAAGAAGAAAUAUAUAACAAUGUGUGAUACUUUUUAUAUUAUUUUUCAUUUAUAUAAUCAUGUUUAUGUGGUCUAAAUUCAGUAAACCCAAUACCACCUACAAAUUGUGACACAUGUUUUAAUGCUGAAACAUGACAACCAGAACUAGGUAACAUCUGGGCUAAUAAGAGUCAUGUACGUGUACAUAACAUACAGAGAAGAAAAGCUUAAAAUCCCUGGAUUUUAGUGAUUUAUACUGUUCAAUUUAAGUCAACUAAAAAUUUAUAAUAUAUCUGAUUGACAGUCCACUCCUAGCAUUUAGAUGUAUUAUUCAGAAGAUUUGAUGAUUCAAAUGUACAAGAAUUCACAUCUACUUCAAUACAUAAAAAAUGUUUGUAUCUUCUACAGUUUUUAUGUUGAUUUAGGGACAGUUAGAGUGAGUUUAAGUAGUAUUAACUUUUGGAUUUUCAGAAAUAUAAAUUAAAAAAUCAUGUAUUGCUGACUUGAAGGAUUUGACCCAAACAAUACGAAAUUAUAAUUUUUUUUUACAUCUUAAUUUUUACUUUACUUUCAAGUCUAUUAAUUCCCAUAAAAUGAAACUGACUGCAGUGGUUUAUGUUUGGUACCUUAUGAUUUAUUCAUUGUUUGUGUGCAAAAACUGUUGUAUCACGUUUAUCUGACUGGAGAUGAAAUUCCAUUUUGAUCUACUCAAAAAAGGAUAUAAAUUUACAAAUUUUAGACACAUGUACAUGAAUGUAGCUGCAACUAACAUUUUUGCUAUGUUUGUAGGGGGUCUGAUACAGUGAUUAAUUUCAGUGGUUUCUGACAGACUGUGGCAGGAAGUUUUCAUUUAGUAAAAUAUUAUGAUCUAGUUUAAAUAAUAUUUAGCCUAAGGCUGCAGUUUCUCCAAUUACUAAUAAUAGAAUGAAGUUUUAAAUAUUUGGAAAUGAAAAUGGUAUUACUUUUUAAGCAUUGUUAUGAUUUGUUACAUAUGUGAAUUUUUUGUUUUACUUUUGAUAGCUUCAUUAAUCUACUUUUAAUUUUGUCUAAUGCAUUCCUCUUUUCUUUCUUACUGUUCUUUUUGUUUGUGAAGUAAGAGAUUCAUUUUACCAUUUUACAGUGUUGGGAAAAAUGGUUUGUUAUGGAGAGUUAGUGCAUUUAGAUGUGAGCAUGUAUUUAGUGUAAUUUAUAUUACUUUGUUUUCCAGUGCUAACUAGUUUUAAUUCUGUCCUUUGAAAAUCUAGUGCAUUUUCUUACAUCUUUUAUUCUACUUUAUUAUAAAUGAGGAAAUAUUUUACACUCCCAGUUAAUUGACAUCCCUCAAGAUUCCAAUAAAUAAAACACUGAGUUUAGUAAUAGGAACUUGUUCUGGAAUUUAAGUGUAAAAGAAAAACAAAUUUGUACCUUGCAAACUGUGUGUUUUUCUGAGUUGUUAAACUUUAAUACAGAUUUACUUGGACAUCAAAUCUUGGCUAACUAAAUAGUCUGAACUCUAAAGAGAAGUUUAUUCAUGGAAUAUGUUGUGAGGAAAAAGAGUGAUGUUUUGUAUUUUUGAUAGCUAUCUGAGUUUUUAUUGUGCCUCAUACAUGAGAACUCUGAGUGAAAAGUGAAAACAUUUGAAAUACUUCAUUAUAUAUUUAUUGAUAAUUAGGGCUGGAAUGAAGGGUAAGUUUUGCCCUUUGAUGGUUUGGAACAUGUAACCAAAUGAAGGUUCAAACUUUCACAUCUACUAAUUUGCAUAUUGUACUGAUGCCAUCACCCUAACUGUUUAUGUAAAUUUGAUUAAAAACUCUUUCAUUUUAUACACAAUCUAUAUAAAUGAAAUAAUGUUUACAUGUAGUUUUAAAAUACAUUAUAUCAAAUAGUAAAAUGUUCUUACAUCUUAAAUGAUUAUGUACAUGUACUUCAUGCUAUGUGUGAUACUCAUAUAGCUUACAUACAGUAAGCUUGCAUUGCAAGAGAACCCUAUUGCAGCCAGUUGAAAGAACUGCACCUGACUUGAGCAAAACAAAUUUUUAUUUAAUGGUUGCCAUUCCAAGCACAUUAACAUUUAUAGUCUUUUUAACAUAAAAUUGUUGAUUAAUUAAACAUGCCACAUAAUAAUAAUGAAUAAACAGCAAAAUAGAACAGAGUAGCACUAACAGUUUGAUUAAGAUAUAAAUAUGGACCUUCAACUACAACAAAAGGUUACAAGAGAGAAUGUUAUUAGUCACCUUUUUUUCUCUAAAGAACAUUGUUAAUUAAACAUACAUAUUUGACAAAGGCAUCAGCCAAAUUAAUAAAUAAAAAUAAUUAUAAAUAAACAGCAGAAUAGAACAGAGGAACAAUUACACUGGUGAGAAAGUAAACACAGAUUUUCUUAUGUCUUCUACAUCAGGCAUUUAUUAUAUUUUAUUGAAGCAAUGCAACCACCUCAUGAUCCCCCCCACCCUUCCUUAACCACAAUGGUCUGCUACAGUGCACAAAAAAGGAGAUCCUAUAUCCUGUGUAUAAUGUUUUGAUGGUAUAUUUGUGCUUUUAAUACAAUUUUUGUUCCAGUAAUUAGCAUUGUACAAAUCAAAAAUUUGAAUUUAUCAUAUGAGUGACAUUUAAUGUGUAAUAGCUAUUCAAACAUUGUGCACCAGUUUGUGUUAAUAACAGAAUAAAAAAUAAAUUUGGCAGACAUACUUCCAAAAAUUUAGAACUUUCUUCGAAUUCUUGCUUAGUGAAUGAACUCUUGAACAUAGCCCUAUCUAAGAUAAUACUAUCUAUGUUUCAUUGAAUGUUGAUUAUUUGUCUUAUCUUAGUUUCUAAAGGCAAGAAACAGUGAAUUACAUGCAUAAAUCAUGUUACAAUUGCCUAAAAAUAAUGUAUGAUCAUUUUAGAUUUGCUUGAAAUUUAGCUUAUUACUGUUAUUUUAGCAGUUUUUCAUGUAGUUUGGGGAUUUAAAUGCUAAUGAAAGAUCACAAGAUUUUUACCUAAAUUAGUUAAGCUCUUUUAUUUUAAAUCCACGGUUUUCAAAAUUGUUUGUCUACAUAAUUAAGUUUGUACAUAUUAAUUUCUCAUUAUCACUGGCUAUAUUCAUUACACAAGUACAUGGGACAUUUAAAUGAACAAUAUUUAUGUUAGUAACAAGUAUAAUGAUUAACAUGCUGUUUUCAGCUAGUCAUAAGAAUAACUAAUUAGUUAUUGGUAGUUGUUGUCAACCAGAGUAAGGAAGAAUAUGUUGUAAGUGUACCCAGGAAAAAUAAAUUACCAGCUGUUCUAUCUUUUA